CGAGCACCCGGAACCGCCGCCUCUCGGGAUGGAUGGUCAGACUCUGCGAAAGGGUGACAGAAGCCGCUCGUGCUCGCGGGAGAAAAAGGAGGCUUACACUAAGGACAUGGUGCCAGACUUCGAUGAGAAACAUGAUGAGUAUUUAAUAUUGCUUCAGCAGAGGAACCGGAUAUUAAAACAUUUGAAAACCAAGGACCCCAUGCAAUUGAGAUUGGAGCACUUGGAGCAGGGCUUCUCUGUCUACGUCAAUGGGGCCAAUUCUGAGCUGAAGACAUCACCCCGGAAAGCUGUCCACUCUGACUUCACCAGAAGUGCCUCACAUGCCGAGGGAACACAUGAUGGUGGACGAAGAACCCUGUUCCGAGAAGCAGAGGAAGCUUUAAGACGCAAUUCUCGGACAGCCCCCAGCAAAGUCCAGCGCCGAGGAUGGCACCAGAAAUCUGUGCAGAUCAGAACGGAAGCUGGCCCACGGCUUCACAUCGAGCCACCUCUGGACUAUUCUGAAGAUUUUGAGCCAGGAGGAGAUGAGACCAUCAAGGCAAAGGGUGCUUCUGGGGACCGACCACAGGGCACCAAGUAUUCCACCGACAGACUUCCAUCCUUCCAACCACCCUGUGAUUUUAACUUCUCCCUUCUAAAUGCACACGGAUGCUCAGACCCUGCAAGCAGUACAGACAAAGAAAGGAUCCUCUUAACUAUUCAGGAUGUAAUGGAGCUAAGAAAAAGCCUGGAACUUAGUGUAAAUCUACAGAGGAAACAGAAAGAUGGUUCCAGUGAUGAGUAUGACUCCAUUGAAGAAGAGGUGCUGUCUGAACCCGAGCCCGAGGAACAGGUGCUGAUGGGCCAACCCAAAGAUGACCCCGCUCUUUCCAGUGGGGACUCCAUGCAGAAGGAUGUUGCUGAGGACCAAGAGACAGAAGGGCACCCUCCCCAGGGCCCAGACACCCUCGUGGUGCUGGAAUUUAACCCAGCUUCCAAGAGUAAUAAAAAGGAAAGGAAUUUAUCUGCCAAGAGGAAGGACAAUGCUGAGGUUUUCAUUCCCAGCAGACCUGAACUGAACUUGAACCCCCAGCCCUCUAUUGUGUUCCCAGACCAGGAGAAGGCAUGCUCAAGACCUGGGAGCCGGCGUGAGAGACCCCUAUCAGCAACCCGAAAACCCGUGCAGGAGGCUGAGGACCGGGAGGAAGACGCCUCUGCGGUGCUCAGGGCCAUCCAGGUGGAGAAUGAAGCCCUGCAGAGGGCGCUCCUCAGCAGAAAGGCUGAGCCCCCCACCAGCCCACUGCAGGACACAGAGGGACCACCAGCAAAAUUGUGGACCAGUCUACUGAAGGGGAAGGAAGAGAGCCCUGAGCAGCUUCCUACCCCCGCUGCUACCAGUGUGACCGGCCCAACCAGUGCGACCAGCCCAACCAGCACAACCAGCCCACAGGAGCCAGCCAGGGCGGCAGGGGGAGCCAGAGCCGUCAGCGAAGCCAUUGACAGAAUCGGUCUUUUGGGGAGCAGACAACAGCAGAGGCUUCUGAAAGUCCUCCAGGCCAUCGAAAGUGACUCUGCCCGUCUCAGCAGGGUCGCUUCACCAACGGAGGAACCAAUGCUAGACCCAGAGGACAAAUCGAGAACAAAAGGUGGAGACAUCAAAGAUGCCGUCUAUGUGACCAUGGAAAUCCUGUCCAACUGGGGCCACACAUCCUGGGUGGGUCUCACAGAAGUUGAGUUCUUUGACCUGCACAACACAAAGCUUUAUGUGUCGCCUCAUGACGUGGAUAUCCGGAACACGGACACACCUGGGGACCUGGGCCACCUGGUCAAUCGGAACUUAGCUAGCAAGAAAGACACCUCCUUGUGGACGUGCCCCUUCCACCCGCCGCUCCAGCUCUUUUUUGUCAUCCGCAACACCAGGCGGCUGCAGGACUUUGGUCUAGGCAAGAUCAAGGUUUGGAACUACUGGACGGCUGAUGGCGAUCUCGACAUUGGUGCCAAGAACGUGAAGCUCUACGUCAAUAAAAAUCUCAUCUUUGAUGGCACGUUAGACAAAGGAGGUGGAGAGGCCCCGGCUGACUGCAGCAUCCCGGUGGUCCUGAAACCCGAGAGUGACGAGAGCAGGGGAAGGGCCCUGGGUGCCCUCUCAGGAGAAAGCAGAGAUGCCCGCAAGAUGGCUGGCACAGAUGGGGAGCUCUCGCAGCCAGCUGGAGCAAGAGCGGAUGUAAAGGUUUCUUCCCAAGGAAAGUUAUUUGGCGAAAAGAUGAAUCCUUCCGACAACAUGAAGGACAGUUUGUCCAAGUUAGAUGAAGACGCGAGCUGCUCAGCAGCCCCAGCCUCAAUAGGUGGUAUGCCCAGUGCUCCCCUGCUCUGCCCCACUGUGGAACGCCCUCCCCUUGACCCAGAGCUCUCUCUGACCCAACAGCUGGAAAACCUUAUGGGCAGAAAAGUCUCUGAGCCGCCAGCAAAAACCCCAUCCUGGUUGCAACCUUCUGUCACAGGGAAGGGCAGGAAGCAGGGAGAUAGGAAGCCCAAACCCCUCUGGCUGAGUCCUGAGAAGCCACUGGACUGGGGAGGCCAACUUCCAUCAAACUCCAUCAUUGACAUUAUGGGGGAGGAUCCUAAAGAGACAGAGGUUGGAGAUAAAGGCCCCAGGCAUGAGCCAGGGCGGUCAAGCAGCUGGAAUGUCAUUGCUGGGGAGAGAGCCCAGAAGGUGACCCCCAAAGUCAGUGACAACUUUGACAUCUUUAACCAGCCCUCCAGCAGGGAACACCCUGCUAGUGGGAGGAGGGGCCUGAGGAAGGACACCCUCGUGAGCAGUCACAGCGAUGGCCAGCCAACUGGCAGAGAAGACACCCAGUCCGCCAAGACGCCACUGCGCUCCCGGUGCUGCAGCGAGCAGGAGCACACGCUGCACGAGUCCUGGGACUCGCUCAGCGCCUUUGACCGCUCCCACCGGGGACGCAUCUCCAAUAUGGAGCUGCAGGGGGACAUCCUGGACGAGUUCCUGCAGCAGCAGAAGGGCAGCCGGCAUGGCGAGCAGCUGCCCCCCGGCAAGGAGGAGAAGCCAGAGCCAAGGAGAGGCCUGGAGGACAGCCCCGGAGAGCCCGACGACGGCAGUGACUUUGAAAUCCCUGUCUUGCCUUACGGACAGCGCCUGGUCAUCGACAUCAAGUCCACAUGGGGGGACCGGCACUAUGUCGGCCUCAACGGAAUAGAAAUAUUCAGUUCAGAGGGGGAGCCAGUGCAAAUCGCGAACAUUUGCGCGGACCCCCCUGACAUCAAUGUUUUACCUGCCUACGGGAAGGACCCCCGCGUGGUCACCAACCUCAUCGACGGGGUGAACAGGACCCAGGACGACAUGCAUGUCUGGCUGGCCCCCUUCACUCUGGGCAAGCCCCACUCCAUCUCCAUAGACUUCGUGCACCCUUGCCAAGUCGCCCUGAUCCGAAUAUGGAACUACAAUAAAUCUCGGAUACAUUCCUUCCGUGGCGUGAAGGACAUCACCAUGCUGCUAGACGCACAGUGCAUCUUUAAAGGAGAAAUCGCCAAGGCCUCAGGGACCCUGACGGGAGCCCCAGAGCACUUUGGAGACACCAUCUUGUUCACGACGGACGAUGACAUCCUGGAGGCCAUAUUCUGCUCAGAUGAGACUUUUGACGUGGAUGUGGCGAGCCCCUGCAGCCUGCAGAGCGAGGAGACGCCCAGGAGGCCGAGCACCGCCGACAGCGAUGGGGGGGACAGGCCCUACACCCGGGCCGGCUCGUGGGCUGAGGACCGGAUCCCGGGGCUAGAGCCGCCACCCAGUCCCCCUGUCCCUGAAGUAACCACGCCAGAGCCGGGCAUCUACCAUGGGAUCUGCCUCCAGCUGAAUUUCACUGCCUCCUGGGGGGACCCGCAUUACCUGGGGCUCACAGGCCUGGAAGUGGUGGGCAAGGAUGGCCAGGCACUGCCCAUCAGCCUGCACCAGAUCACUGCCUCCCCCAGAGACCUAAAUGACCUCCCCGAGUACACCGAUGACUCCCGGACCCUGGACAAGUUAAUCGAUGGAGCCAACAUCACAAUGGAGGAUGAGCAUAUGUGGCUGAUCCCCUUCUCGCCUGGCCUGGACCACAUGGUCACGAUCCGCUUCGACAGAGCUGAAAGCAUCGCAGGCCUGCGCUUCUGGAACUACAAUAAAUCUCCCGAGGACACCUAUCGCGGGGCCAAAAUCGUGCACAUCUCCCUGGACGGCCUGUGUGUCUCCCCUCCAGAGGGCUUCCUCAUCCGGAAGGGGCCGGGCAACUGCCACUUUGAUUAUGCUCAAGAAAUUCUCUUUGUGGACUACCUCCAGGCUCGCCAGCUGCCCCAGCCGGCCCGGAGGCUCGACCUGCAAAGCCUGGAGCGUGCGACCAUGGACUAUGAGGCGCCCCUGAUGCCCUGCGGCUUCAUCUUCCAGUUGCAGCUCCUGACCAGCUGGGGUGACCCCUAUUAUAUCGGUCUCACAGGCCUGGAGCUGUAUGAUGAGCGAGGAGAAAAAAUCCCUCUGUCGGAAAACAAUAUCGCCGCCUUCCCUGACAGCGUGAACUCUCUGGAGGGCGUGUGCGGCGACGUCCGGACCCCCGACAAGCUCAUCGACCAAGUGAAUGACACCAGUGACGGCAGACACAUGUGGCUGGCUCCCAUCCUGCCGGGCCUGGUGAACCGAGUUUAUGUGAUUUUCGAUCUGCCCACCACCGUGUCAAUGAUCAAACUGUGGAAUUACGCAAAAACGCCCCAUCGAGGGGUGAAAGAGUUUGGCCUCCUGGUGGAUGACUUGCUUGUGUACAACGGAAUCCUGGCCAUGGUGGGCCACCUGGUGGGGGGCAUCCUGCCCACAUGUGAGCCCACGGUGCCCUACCACACCAUCCUCUUCACCGAGGACACGGACAUCUGCCGCCAGGAGCGACACACGGCCAUCAGCAAUCAGGUGGAGGAUCAGGACGUCCAGAUGAUGAAUGAAAACCAAAUCAUCACCAACUCAAAAAGGAAGCAGGGUGCAGUUGACCCAGCCUUACGCCCCAAAACGUGCAUAAGCGAGAAGGAGACAGUACGACGAUGGCGGUGCUGACCCGGAGGAGGGAGAACCGGCGCCCGCCCGGCCCUCAGCUGGAGCAGCCUGGGCUCCAGGGGCUGGAAGAGGGGAGCCAGAGGGCACCCGUGUGGCAUGGCCUUCCCCUGCGCUGCGCUCCGCUCCGCGUGCCCCCACCCCGCCCCGGGGCACAGCAGCUCGGCCCGGCCCCGCCCCCCGCUGGGCCGCCUCGGGUGGGUGCGGUGGCCCGGGAGGCCUCAGACCCCACAGGAGGGGGCGCCAGGGGAUGCGGGGAGGCUGCAGCGGAGGUGCCAACAGCUCCCCUCUCCCCCCACCCCUGCCUCAAGGGCGGGCUGCUGCGGCCGGCUGGGGGUGGGGGAGUCAUUCAUUCCCUGCCCCCCCAACGUCUAGCCCGGACUGCUCCACCCCCUUGGCUCAUCCCAGGCGAGGACGGACCCCUCAGGGAGGUGUGUCUCACGCAGGAAGGGAGCAGGGCCCACCGGCCAGGCCUCCCGGCGCACGGGGGGUGGGAGGGGCGCUCCCCUCGGACCCCCUCCACGGCCCCCCUCCGCGUCCUCCCGGAACUUUGUCUGGAGGCGGGGCCCCUCCUGGGCCUGAGCUCGGGCCCCUCCCGGUCCCUCCUCCCCGCCCGCCCCCUUCCAGCAGCUUCCCCUCGAGUUGGAAAUGUGCCUUGCACCCCCAGCCGAGUGAAGCUCCGAACGUAUCUAUUUCCAUCGAUGUAACAAGCCCGGAUCAGGGACCUAAUUGGUUUCCCAGCGGUGGGUAAUUUCUCGUUGCAAAUAUUAAUCCGCUGUUUCCCUGGCGCGCGGCCCGGCCGCCGCAGCCCUGCGCCCCGAGUACGUUCCUAUGCAACCGCGCGCCCGAGCCCGGCAAAUACUUUAUGGGCUUUGCAGCUUCGGCGGAGCAGCUAUGCAAAUGCGCUUUUCAUUUGGAGCGUGGGGCCGAUGGGGAGAUAAGGAAUUGUUCCUCCCGGAGAAGAUCCAUCAUUCCUGUAGCUUCCAGGGCCGGGGCUUCUGUGCGCGCCUCCCAGAUGUGCGGAGCGUCUGCGAGGAGGCCGCAGGGCCCCCGGGGGGGGGGAGGGAGCUGCGGCUGCCCCCCCAACCCCCAACCCCCCAGCCCCCCACCCCCGGGGCCGAGGAGCCAGCUCCUAGGGGCCAAACCAGCGCCGCCUCUCUCCCGGCCGCCCAGCUCCGUCGCCGCCGAGACCGAGCCCGGGCACAGGUCCGACCCGGGGAGCUGGCCCCGAGGCCACGCACAACCUCCGCGGCUGUUUAUCAUAGUUGUAUGCGCCGCGCGAUUUAGGAGGGGGAGAAGAGCGGUGCAGGCGUUAACUGUAAAAUAAAUUUCUAUUUUUUUUCUCGCAAAAUCAAUAAAAGAUGUUAU